AUAUAAAAAUGAGAAGGGUCCGAGUCCUAGAGACCAAAGAGCUGCAUAAGGACAGCUUUAUGUAGGCACAAUUUCUUGAUCAACCUCCUCACCAAAAUCCAAUAAAGAUAUGGAUUUUGGGUACCAAAGUAAGAUCUUUCUUCUUCUUCUUCUUCUUGUUCUUCAAGUGCAGGUGUUGGUUGCUGAAACACAAGUACUCUCAUUAUCAACAUUCAGUAGCAAUUUUAGUGUUAGUAGUUCCUUGAGGGGAAAAAGAGUGGUUAAGAGAAAACCCGUGGGAAGAAGAGGGUUGUUAGGGUGUGAUUUGUACAAAGGAAAAUGGAUUGUAGACAAUUCAUAUCCUGUUUAUGUAGCUUCAAGCUGUCCUUACAUUGAUUCAGAGUUCGAUUGUCUUAAACAUGGUCGUUCAGACACUCAGUAUCUCAAGUAUGCCUGGAAACCAGAUACUUGCGACCUCCCCAGGUUUAAUGGGGUGAAUUUGUUGAACAAAUGGAGAGGGAAGAAGGUGAUGUUUGUGGGUGACUCACUGAGUCUGAAUCAGUGGGAAUCGUUGGCAUGUUUGCUUCAUGCGUCGGUGCCCAAUUCAAAGGCCACUUUUCUCCGUAGAGACGGCCUUACUUCCCUCGCUUUUCAGGAUUAUGGUGUGACGAUAUAUCUGUAUCGCACACCAUAUUUGGUAGACAUUCAGAAACAAAGUAUAGGAAAUGUUUUGAAUUUGAAUUCGAUUCAAGGCGGUGAUACAUGGAAAGGGAUGGAUGUGCUCGUGUUCAACUCCUGGCAUUGGUGGACCCACACUGGAGAUUUACAACCAUUUGACUACAUACAAGAUGGGUCAACUAUCACGAAAGAUAUGGAUCGUUUAGCAGCAUAUUAUAAGGGCAUGUCGACUUGGGGAAGAUGGGUUGACCUUAACGUUGACCCAUCUAAAACUAAAGUAUUCUUUCAAGGAAUCUCUCCUACACAUUACAUGGGAAAGGAAUGGGGAUCAUCAUCAAGAAAUUGUUAUGGGGAAUUACAACCUAUAGAAGGAUCAUCAUACCCAACAGGCUUACCCGAAGCUCAGGUUGUUCUAAACAAAGUCCUAAGUAAUGUAAAGAAACCAGUUAUUUUGCUCGAUAUCACAACAUUGUCUCAAUUGAGGAAAGAUGCACAUCCUUCAUCUUAUAGUGACUCGGGUGUGGAUUGCAGUCAUUGGUGUGUUCCCGGGUUACCCGAUACUUGGAACCAACUUAUGUAUGCAUCUUUCCUCACAUGAUCAAUAGGUAAAUUUGGGUCAUAUAUGAUUUAUUUGUAUACACAAUGAAUACAUUUGCAAUGAAAUGCAAUAAAGCAAAAAGAGGGGGUGAUUGAUUUUAUUUGAAGCAAACUUUUUUUUUUGCACUUUUUAUCAUGUGUAAUAAUAGUUAAUGUCAAAGCUAAAAGCAUGUCAAUCUUAUUUGCUACUCAUUUAUUUAUGAUGAAAUAUAAUUUUAAAUUCUAAUUUUUUA